AUGGAGACGACAGGAGACAUCGUGAGCGCGGGGAUCGGGACCGUACCCGAGACCGAGAGCAUCGCAGCUCACGAGAUGACCAUCACGAUAAGGAAAGGUCAAGGUCGUCGAAGGACGUCUCCGCCCAAGAGGGCGGCGAGGGCGGCAGCAAGAACCACCGCCCCCGCCCCCAAGGAGGAGCCGAAACGAGUCCUGCACGACCGCGAGCUCAACCAGGGCCUCAACGACUACAGCUACGACUCGGACGAGGAAGCGGGCGACGUGGCCAAGGAAAUAAAAAUCAACUACAAAUUCGGGGAUAGCGGAUCCCAGUGGCGCAUGACCAAGCUCAAGGCCGUGUAUGCGACUGCGAAACGCGACGAACGCACCUUGGAGGACGUCGCGAAGGAGCGUUUUGGGAGCCUUCAAGAAUUCGAUAUCGCGAGGGAGGAGCAGGAUGAGCUUGAUCGAAGGAAACUCUACGGCGAUGGCUACGCGAUCAAGGAAGGUCCCACGGGCAACCUCUACACGGCGAGGAUGGAGAAGGAGAAAAGGGACAGGCUAGCGCAGGGUCCGCCGGGGUUUACGCCGGCGGCCGAGCAGACCGAACCGGCGGCCACGAUUGUCGACGAGGUACACCGGGCGCCGGCGGCGACAAUGGACCAGACAGCCCUCAACCGGCUCCGCCGCCGCCGCUUUGUCGAGACGGGCCCGAAAACCGUGGCGCUCGGAGCGAUGGAGAACCGCAUGCUGGCGGGAACGCGCGGCGAGGUCAAGGCCGUCGAGACGAAGCGCGGGCGGGAGCGCGGCAACCUCGAAGAGAACGACGACAUGUCGAUUGAGCAAAUGGACUCGCGCUUCGACGACGACCUCGAGUACAUGGACGAGAACGCGGCGAAGCUCGCCAAGCGGAUGAACCGCAUCCUCGACGCGUGCCCGCUCUGCUACCACGAAGACACGGGCAAGCAGCCCAUCGCGCCCGUCAUCUCGCUGGGCACGCGGGCGUUCCUCACGCUGCCGACGGAGCCCGAGGUCAGCGACGGCGGGGCGGUCAUCGUGCCGCUCGCGCACCGCACGAACCUGCUCGAGUGCGACGACGACGAGUGGGAGGAGAUUCGCAACUUUAUGAAGUCGCUCACGCGCAUGUACCACGACCAGGGGCGCGAGCUGGGCGAGACGAUCCCGGCGUACUUUAAGGAGGCCUUCCUCACGGCGGACGAGGAGUGGUCGCAGCACCGCAAGGUCAUCGACACGGGGGCCAAGGCGCGCGAGUCCGGCAUGGGCCGCAUGGCGUUUCGGCGGUCCAUCGCCCGGGAGAUGCCCUACUUCCACGUCUGGUUCACCCUGGACGGCGGCCUGGGCCACAUCGUGGAGAACGCGGGCAAGUGGCCCCGCGGGGACUUGUUCGCGCGGGAGGUGAUUGGCGGGGUGCUCGACGUCGGGCCCGAGGUGAUUAAGAAGCAGGGGCGGUGGAGGAAGGGGGACGCGAGGGUGGAUGAUUUUAAGAAGCGGUGGAGGAAGUUUGACUGGACGAGGGUGCUGGAGCAGACAUAG